UGAAAUAUCGCGCGACUUCGCAUAGCCCCUCACUACGUAAUGUGCCGUGCUGCUUAUGGCGGCGCUGGUGACAGUGCUGAAAGCUGUUGGGUAUGAAGUGAAACAGAUUUGAUUUUGUACCAUCUGAAACCUACUUCAAGUUCAGAUCAUCGAUCGGUCAGAAGAAACAUCAACAAAAUUAACCAACAUCCCCGAAACGACCCAACGGUACGACAACUCUGAAGACGACAAAGACGAAGAACUGCACUGCGACAAAGAGAAAACCAGAACAACAAGAAACAACCAAACCAGCAAACCAAAGAUUUAAGAAACAGAACCAGGCCGCAACAAACGUAGCAACCAGCCAUCAACGUUAUCGGCGAAGGCGAGACCUGAUCUGAGACAAGAAGUUUGUGCCUACUCAACAGCUUUGAUCAAGCACACGUCCCAACGCUGCACCAAGCCCUCUUCAUCCUCCCUUCACCUGUUCCUUCUCUGGGGUGCGGAGAGGGCUGCUGUCUGCUAGUCUUUUUUCAUUUUUGACCUUUUUUCUGUCAAUUGCAGACCGAAUCCCUCCCUCCUUCAUUUCCCCCACACUUCUGUGUUUCCGUUCACGUUUCCAAAAGCAGUGUUUCGGCGACUGCACUUGCCUUUUAUUCAGUUUUUUUGUUUUGGCUUUUUUGCAACUUUUGUAAUUAAACGUGUGCUAGGAAGCUAAAGCUUACAGGUGUGUGUGUGUGUGAGCGUGUGUGUAAGCAGAGUCUAAAGCAUCGUUUAAGUGAUUUGAUUGGUCCAAAUCAUUACAGCCUUCCAAGACAACAGAACAAGUUUUCACCCCCCUGCCCUCCUUUCUUCACCUUGGCAGAAUUCCAGAGGUGUUUUGUUUGGUGUGUAACAAAGGAGAGGGGAAAGUGAAGGGACAAGCUGCCACACUUCAUUGGAGUUUAAAAAGUCUAGACGCCAAAAACGUCCGUAAUAUCAAUCCCAGGUGUAGUAGAAUUGGCCACCGUUUAUGGGAGAAUUAUGGGUAGUCCCUGGAAAGGUUUUGUCGAGUUUACCUUGCCGGCAACGCCACCUGCAGCAUUCGUAAGUGCUGACCUGAACAGCACCUCGCCUGUGGGGCUCAGCCUGUCACCCUACGGCCGUUCCUGCCCCACCACCCCCUACCCUCACCUGAAGAUGGAGGUCCCUGAUGCCCCAGUCGCUGACCCCACCCCCUCCACCUCAAGUCAGCCGAUCCCUCGCUCUGCCUCUGUCUCAUGCCAUACCUCCCGUGCUGCAGGGGGCAAAAAGCAAAAGCGAACGCCCCUGUACCAGCGAUCUAUGAGUUUUGAUCCCAGUCUGCUGCAUAAUAACGGCCAUGGCGGCUUUGCCAACGGGACCGGCAUGGCUAUUCGUGAGACAGGCGUGGUGGAGAAGCUGCUGGCAUCAUAUGGCUUCAUUCAGUGCUCUGAGAGACAGGCCCGCCUCUUCUUUCACUGCUCGCAGUACAAUGGCAACCUUCAGGAGCUUAAGAUCGGAGAUGACGUGGAGUUUGAGGUGUCGUCUGAUAGACGUACCGGCAAACCAAUCGCGGUGAAGCUGGUAAAAAUCAAGGCAGAAAUGUUGCCAGAAGAGCGAAUCUCUGGGCAGGUGGGGCCUGACUUGCACGCCUCUCCUUUAACUGUGCUGCAUGGUUUUAUUCAUCCAGUAGUGUCGGCUAUCCCUUCUCACCUGGAUGGGAAGUCUGCACCUGGCCAGGUGCCCACAGGCAGCGUGUGCUACGAGAGGAAUGGGGAAGUGUUUUACUUGACUUACACCCCUGAUGAUGUGGAAGGAAACAUUACUUUAGAUACUGGAGAUAAAGUCAGCUUUUACAUGGAGACCAACAAGCAUACUGGGGCUGUUAGUGCCCAUAACAUUGUGUUGAAGAAUAAACAGUCAAGAUGCCAGGGAGUGGUUUGUGCUACCAAGGAGGCCUUUGGAUUCAUUGAGCGAGGAGAUGUGGUUAAGGAGAUUUUCUUCCACUACAGUGAGUUUAAAGGAGAUCUGGAGGCCUUGCAGGCUGGAGAUGAUGUGGAAUUCACCAUCAAGGAGAGAAACGGAAAGGAAGUGGCUACUGAUGUGAGACUGUUGCCUCAGGGAACUGUGAUAUUUGAGGACAUCAGUAUUGAAACCUUCGAAGGCACUGUCACCAAGAUUAUUCCCAAGGCUCCCAGCAAGAAUCAGAAUGAUCCUUUGCCUGGGAGAAUCAGUGCCAGAAUUAAUUUCACUGACAAAGAUCUGCUAUUUGGGGAGAAGGACACCAAGUCUAAAGUGACGCUGCUGGAGGGUGACCACGUCCAGUUCAAUAUUUCCACCGAUCGCAGAGAUAAACUGGAGAGAGCGACAAACAUCGAAAUCCUCCCUGACGCCUUCCAUUUCACCAAGGAGAGCCGCGAAAUGGGUGUGAUAGCUGCCAUGCGCGACGGUUUCGGCUUCAUCAAGUGUGUGGACCGUGAUGCUCGAAUGUUCUUUCAUUUCAGUGAGGUUCUGGAGGAGAGCCAGCUGCACAUUUCUGAUGAAGUGGAGUUCACCGUUGUUCCUGACAUGCUGUCAGCUCAGAGGAAUCAUGCCGUGCGGAUCAAAAAGCUACCCAAGGGCACAGUGUCAUUCCACACUCAGUCUGAGCUGCGUUUUGCAGGGGUUUUGGAGAAAGAAGCUGUGGCUGCCACCACUGGCACCAACAAGAACUCCAGCCCCAGCAAGGGCAAAGAGAAGAAAAAGGACAAGGCUAAAGUUGAAAAGGAAGCAGAGGAAGGCUUGAUUGUGUAUGAAGAAGAUGGGGUAAAGAACACUAUUCCCUACCAUGUUAAAGACCUGGAGGGAGGCAUUUACCCACAGCUUGGAGACAAGCUGGAGUUCUCAAUCAGUGAGGUGAAACGCACCGGACAACAAAGUGCUGUAUCCAUCAAGGUCCUUAAUCGUGCUGUCGGCACCAAAAGGCUUCUGGGAUACAUAGCCACACUGAAGGAUAACUUUGGCUUCAUAGAGACAGCCAAUCAUGAUCAGGAGAUAUUCUUUCACUACAGUGAGGUGUGUGGAGAUUUGGAUGAUAUGGACUUGGGAGAUUCAGUGGAAUAUAUGCUGUCCAAAGGCAAAGGAAACAAAAUCAGUGCUGAGAAGGUCGCCAAAGUUGCUGAUGGUAUGUUUCUUUUUUUUUGCUACUUUGGAAAGUCACUUUACAUGAGGUAUUUUUUAAAUAUUUUGUUGAAUUUUUGUGUAAUAGCGAAUGGAGUCGGAGAGGAUAUCAGUAAUACAGUGUUCCUUGGGAAAGUGAUUCGACCCCUGCGCAGUGUGGACCCUUCUCAGACUGAGUAUCAAGGCCUGAUUGAGAUCACAGAGGAUGAUUCCAGUAAGGGUCCGAGUUAUCCGUUUGGCAUUGUUGGAAUGGGCAAUAAAGGCGACUGCCUGCAAAAGGGUGAGAUGGUGAAGUUCCAGGAGUGUACAGUUCCCCAGACAGGACAAAAAAUGGCCUGCAACAUUAUGCCUCAGCGCAGAGCUCUGGUAGAAUGUGUCAAAGAUCAGUUUGGUUUCAUCACAUAUGAAGUUGGAGAAAGCAAGAAGCUGUUUUUCCAUGUAAAGGAGGUGCAGGACGGUUUGGAACUGCAGGCCGGUGAUGAAGUGGAAUUUUCUGUUAUAUUCAACCAACGCACAGGCAAAUGUAGUGCCUGCAAUGUUCGCAGAGUCAGUGAGGGUCCCAAACCAGUAGCAACACCUCGACCUGACAGACUGGUCAAUCGCUUGAAGAGCAUCACUCUGGAUGAUACCAAUGCCCCCCGUCUGGUUAUUAUCAGACAACCGCGUGGCCCCGACAAUUCAAAGGGUUUCAAUGUAGAGAGAAAAUCUCGCCAGCCUGGUGUUACUGACUGAGUACUGUUCACCCCCCCUCCUCCUGAGCGUGGAGGAACACCUCGAGAAGAAAAGCAAUCAUAGAGCAACUGAGAAAAGGAUUUGUGUGUGCCUCUCCGACCCAUAAUUUCUCUCCGCCACAUUCAUAAUUCACAUUAAGAUGUACAUCAAGACUUGAAACUUGGCACGCACACACACAAGUUCCUUUCUCUGUCCUUUACCAUGCUCAAGAAAAGUCUCUUUUGUCUCCAUUGUGUGUAUGAUGUUCCUGUGCGGUUGUUAUUUGGAGAAAAGCCCCACAUGUUGUAUGAAAGUGUGUUUGUGGUAUUCAUCACUUGUUGGGUAAAAGAAAACCUGAAAGGGUAUGAUAGUUAUGCAGAGGAUGAGAGGGGAAAAGGGUUUGCAGUUGUCACACCUGUUUGGGUUGGGGUGUGGGGACUGUUUGACCCGUUUUCAUUUCUGCUGAUGUUGAUAUGCCUGGAAUUCUGCACCUGCUACCGUGUGAGUGGCUUGUUGUUUUAGAAUAGCUUUUCUUGUCUGUGUUUUGACUUGCGUUCUGUACUCUUCCUGUAUCACUUGAAUCAUUUUCCUUAUGUUGAGUUCCUCACCCAGCCGAUGCUGACAUAUUUCUGUGCUCUUAUGGGUGAGAAAUAAACUAGGUUGCUUUCACUCUUUUUCCACACCCGAUUCCAUUUCUAGAGUAGCUUUUAAUAUGACAUGAAUCUGAAAAAGAAAAUAAAUGACUCUGGGCUCAGAA